CCCUGAGCAUCACAUCUGUCUGACGCUCUCUCUCUCUCUCUCUCUCUCUCUCUCUCUCUCUGCUCCUGAUUUUCCUGCUGAAGGUUUUGGAGCUUCCACUGAACUAAUCAGUGACAAUACCAGGAAGUGUCCAGAGGAGCGGCUCGUUUUGCUGACCACUGGACUGAGCUGGACUCAGAGCUCGUACAGGUUCACACUGAGCUGAGCUGAGCUGGGAGAGCAGCUGGAGUUUAAACUGCCUGAUAUUUUUCUCUCUGGAUUAAAACAGAAACCAGCUCAGCUGGAGAAGCUUCGUCAGAGGAUGAUCCACCCUGUCUGGAGGCAGAUGGCUUGGACUUUGCUAUGGGCAGGUUUCCUGGUCCUGCAGUUCAUCCUCAGUGCGGCUGAAGAUGUUAAGGAUGUCCAGCACAGUCCGGUUCUCCACAGACAAAAGCGAGAAUGGAGGUUUAACACAUUGCUUGCUUCUGAGGAAAUAGCACCCCAGAAUCUUCCUCAGCAAAUCGGACAGCUGGAAAACACGCGUGCAGACGCCAAUACCCAGUUUAAAAUCUCUGGAGAAGGAGUAGAUGGAGUGAAUGACCUCUUUAAGGUGACUAAAGCUGGACAGAUCAUGGUUAUGGCCACUCUGGAUCGAGAGACGAAAAGCUCCUACAAACUGAAAGCUCACAUCUUUAACACCCACACCAAACAGCCCCUGGAUGACGACAUAGAAUUCACUGUAAAAGUGCAAGACGUUAACGACCACUCGCCGGUCUUCUCUGAGACCUACACUGGAUCCAUCAGGGAGCGCUCACGCAAAGGAGCUGAAGUGCUGACUGUUAGAGCCACUGAUGAAGAUGAUCCAACAUCUCCCAACGGAAACAUUGAAUAUAAGUUGUUGAAUGGAACACAAUAUUUCAGCAUUAACAGUAACACAGGUGAAAUCGCUGUUCAGGAUAACAACCUGGACCGUGAGACUCAGAGUCAGUAUAAGCUGAUUGUUCAUGCUUCAGACUCGCCUGGCUUACCUGGAGGACUCAGUACAACCACCAUAGUGACCAUUAAUAUAAUCGAUAUCAAUGACAACAUGGUAUCCUUCAAAAAAGAUCAGAGAACGAGGCAGCCACAGUCCAUAGCCGGCAUGUUGCCUAUGGAGGACCGCGAGAAGGAGAACACAAAACCUCUGUUUACUGUGCAGAACUUUAAUGACAUCUUCUACGUGGAACCGGAUAACCAAUGAUAUGGAACUCUCAACUCAUUAAGCCUGGACUAUGAGACCAAGUCAACGUACAGCUUUAAAGUAGCGGUCGAAGACAAGGGCGUCGAUAAUUCUCCAGAUAAUCAGAGAUCUAUGCUGACCACUGCCCAAGUGGAGAUCAUUGUGAUUGAUGUUGAUGAACCACCGGUCUUCAGCAAGGCGGAGUACACCUUUAAUGUCACAGAGGGCCCGAUUACAAAUAAAGUCAUCGGCUCCGUCUCAGCCAGGGACCCGGACAGGACCAACGACAAGAUGAAGUACUCCAUCAGGGGGCUCAACUGUCCAUUGAAAAUAGACGAAAAUACAGGUCAGCUUGUCCUAAAGAAAGAACUGGACCGCGAAACAGAGGCCAUACACCUAUGUGAUGUCACAGCACAGGAAAUGUCUGAAAUCGGACUAAAAGGGUACGUGAUUGUCAAGAUAAACGUUCAGGACAUCAACGACAACCGGCCUGAACUGACCAAUACGAGCAACAUUUACAUCUGUGAUAAUGAUAAAAAUGGAACGAUCAUUGGAACGAUCGGGGCCGCCGACAAGGACGAAAACCAUGGACCGUUCCGGUUCAUUCUGGCAAAAAGGAGCUCCAACUUCUCCCUCCAUGACAACCUAAACAACACUGCCACCAUCGUGUUGACCCAUCGAGACCUUAGCAUGGACACUUUGGAAGAAAACUUUCUGGAGAUUGAAAUCACAGACGGAGGAGCGCCGGUCCAGAAGAGCAUCAGCCAGUUACACAUCCGAGUGUGCAAGUGUCGGAAGGGCCGGCAGAUUGACUACUGUAGGGCCUACGCCCACACCGGGGUCAGCAUCAGCGCCCUCAUCGCCAUCCUGCUCUGCAUCGUCACCAUCCUGGUGAUCGUGAUCCUGUUUGUGUUGAGGAAACGUUAUCAGAAGCAGAACCUGGUCACUCUGGGGAAACCGGUCGGAGAGAUUCACGAGCAGCUGGUGACCUACGACGAGGAGGGCGGCGGAGAGAUGGACACCAACGGCUACGACGUCAGCAUCCUGUCUUCGGCCUGCCACAGCAGCAGCCUGCGGCCGACCCCGGCGCCGGUCGUGUACGCCGUGGCUAAGAAGCCUCCGGCCUGCAAAGGGGACAUGGCCAUGAUGAUCGAAGUGAAGAAGGACGAAGCGGAUCACGACCGCGACGGGAUUCCCUACGACACUUUACACAUCUACGGCUACGAAGGCACAGAGUCCCUGGCUGGAUCUCUGAGCUCUCUGGACUCGUCGUCCGUCGCGUCCAACCUGGAUUACGACUUCCUGAGCGACUGGGGGCCGCGAUUUAGGACCCUGGCUCAACUCUACGGAGUGGACGGGUCGGAUUCGGACAGCUCGUACUGAUCCGGGAGCAGCAGAAACACCGCUUUAAGGCUAAACGUCAUCAGUUCCUUCAGGAUAAACCACUUUAGGAAGGCUCGGGCGGCGGAAUUGGGUUCUUCUGCUUGUUUUUUCCAAGUUUCUUGUUUUUUCCACUGUUUCUUUCCAUUAUGUUUUAUAGUCCAACAUAUAUACAUAGGGUCUAAAGUCUGAGAGCUACUGAAACACAGAAUCUUUGAAAUUUUCAUCUGAAUUUCAGUUGCGUAGUAUUUUGUUGGCGUGUCCCUCCUGCAUUAACUCCACAAGCCUCUGUAAAGCCCACCUGAGCGGCGUCUGACCACCAGCUUCACUGGACGAGAUCAGACUACAAAACAAAUCUGACCUUUUUGUACAUGAUGACAUCACAAAUUUGCUUAAAGGGCCCAUAUCAUGGAAAAUUGAAUUUCAGCAAACGCUCAAGACGCACCGUUCACUCCUCAGUCCAUACAGGCCAUACAGUCCAUACAGUCCAUAUAUGGAAACUAAACUGAAAAAAAAACAACCUGUUUUGCAUUCACUGUUUCUGUGAUGUCACAAGAACCAACUCAUUUACAUAUACAUCCACCUAUUCAGCCUAUAGCACUUUAGCCCCGCCCAUUCACACAGAAGUUCUAGGGAGUGUUUGAGCUCUGAGUGCUUGUUGAAUGAGACACAACGCGAGGCAACCAAUCAGAACAGAGGUCAUUUACAUGUCUUAAAGGCACAGUAACAAAAUCAACCCGUUUAAGAAUGAAUCGUCGCUGUCCAAUGAAAAAUGCAUCUCCAUUUUUUGUGAUUUUUACUUUUUGGCAUCUUUGAGCUCGGCAGCCGUCCUUUACAAUGUGAAAAUUUCAUGAUGAUCGGACCAAUAGAAAUGCUCCAAAAAUGGCUUAGAAUAACACCCCUUUCCAUUAACGUACAUUAAGAGUAAAGAAGGUUUUUCUCCUCUCCUGUAAAGUCACCAUUUCAGAGGUGCUCGUUUUUCUAUGGACAGCGACGGAAUAGAAGUUGGGAAGUGGACUGCGGCCGUUUUCGGUACAUAAAACCGCACAAACGCUAUGGUGGAGAAAAUCAUAUGCAAACAGAUGUGAGAUAUGGGCCCUUUGAAUUGGACUAGAGACCUGGAGCAGAACCUGCGAUGUUACGCCUGCACUUCACGCGUGGUUGACUCUGUAGAAGACUCUGUAGAAGCUUAAACUGCAGAUUAUAUCACACAGAUCUGCUGACAUGCAUCACAUCCUACGCCUGUAGUGUGAGACUUCAGUUCUUUCGCAGACGCACGACACAGACCUCCUGAUCUGUAAACAGCGCUGACCCCUGCCCGCCGCCAUAUGCGCACGGAUGCCGUAUGGGUUGAACAGAUGAGCUGGAAUGAGAUAAAAGGAGGUCGAGCAGAAGAUUUGUGGGGGGUUUUUUCCCCCCAGAGGAUCUUAAUUGAGCCAUAUUGCGUUAAAGAACUUUAAAUGAAGGCGAUUCUGUUUGAACGCUGUGUGUAAACGAACGGCGGCGGUGAAGACGCACAUAUUAACAGCGUCAGUAUCGCGACGUUUUGGUUUGCUUAUGUUUUUUUUGCAUUCUGCCUGUCAAAAGUUUGGGGACACUAAGCGCUUCAGCAUGUUUUUUCAUACAGACGAGCAUCCACGGCGACAUAAAGCACACAUAAGGCUGCAUAAGAGCAUCGUAGAGCCGUGGCUUUAUUCCCACCGUGACAGAUAAAAAAACAAACUGCUCUCCGUUUGCGUUUAAGACGAACUGGAGGUUUAUUCCAUAUCGAAAUGCAAAAAAAAGUGUUUUUAUCAGAUAAACUAUUAAUUCUAAAAGGAAUAAACUUCAUUGCAAUAACUCUGUUUGUGCAAUCGUGAACAUCUGUUACUAAGGCUGUAGUUUAAAACAGAUUUUUUCAGGCUAUUUUGUACGUAUCAGCUUGAUUUCACUCUUUUCUCCACUGGGAAAAACGGUUUCUACAGUGAUUUGGUUUCAGGGAAGCUUUUCCAGCUUGUUUCGAUCAGUCUUAAACGGGAACUCCACCAAUAUUUAAAAAAUUCGACAUAAUUAAAGAUGCCGAGAUGCAAACGGAGUCGUUGGGAGUGGUUUGGAGUGAGAUGCUCUGUUCUAGAGAAAGUCAGGAUUGUUCACAGCAGUGGUGAUAGGAACCAGAUGUCCGAAGAGUGUAACACCUUUAAAAGCAAUGAGCCGUUUCACAUCAGACCACAUCUGAGUGACUGAUUACAUCGUAAGGACCGAAUUAAUCAGAAAUGUAGAAAAAUUGGUGGAAUUCCCCUUUAGGUUUAUUCUAAACGUAUUCAGGAAAUUGCUACAUAAACAAAAUUCCCACAAAGUAGUGCCUCAUAUAUUGUUUCUAAAGCCGACACCCGUGGAAACGUAGCUAGACAUUCAGGCUUUGGCCCAAUUUUAACUGAAAUUUUCAAGAAAGCUGGUUAGAUUUGGUCAUUUUUCUUCCACCAAGGCCUACAGAACUGAAAGAAUUGUUCCCAAAGAGGAAUAAAGCCAAAGGCCACGCCCAUUUUCUCCCCCUGUUGUGAUGUCAGGGGUUUAAACCAUUUUCAGACCAAAACAAAUUCAAGAAAACAUUGAAAUCGUUAAUGAAACCUGCUCUUUGUCCCAAAGUGGACACUGAAUGAUAUUUUCUCUACUUCUUUAUUGACAAGCUGUCCUCAGGCUUCUGACGGCCGGUCUGUUUGUAAUCCUAAAAGGUCAGGAUUUGUCGUAACGCUGGCCGCAACGUCUGAAAAGUCAUAUCAGAUUUUUCACUGCGGGCCUCUGAAUGUGGGAUGUCGGUUUCGGUGGUCAGCGCUGGCUCGUCUUGGCAGGAAAUGACCUCAGCGCUAGUGGGAGCAGCAGAGGAAGCGGUGGCAACAGGGCUCUGACAGAAUUAAAGCCUACAGCCAGUCUGUUUGACAGGAAUCAUCAACACACCAAUUGUUGUGAAUAAAGCUCAAAUCUCUGAGGUCCUCCUUAAUAAGGCAAUAGCAGAAGCCUCAGGAAGCUCGGACGCUCGUAAAGGGGCGAGAAUUAAGUCUGAAUAACUUUAACCUUUCAACUAAUCGAGUCCGGCAUAGAGAUUCGUCACGAAGCAAGCCGCACAGCAAAACGCUGACCGCGCUUCUCCACGUCCGAAGAGAAGCGAGGAUGUCCCGGGAUAUUUUCUAGCGUUUGAGCACAUUACAGGCCUCGUCGCUCAGAUCCGAUCUCUCUGACACGGCAGUUCUGACUCGGUUAGGUCAGUGACUCUAAUCUGUCAUUAAUGUGAUGAACCGGCUCCUGAACUGACCAUCAUGAGCUCCUCCUACUCA